GUUCAGUUCACUGACCGGAUCUCUUCACUGUCUGAUCGUUCGUUCUUGCCUUUCACUCUACACAUCCCUGAGAAAUACCUUUUCACUUGCAUAUUCCUAUUCCCAGUACUUUGGUCCGACUCCCUUGAAAUUCCCUUUUGGUUGCAUCUCCCAUUUUUGUGUACUUGUCAUAGCGGGCGAGCCCACGGCCUUUUCGUCGUCCAGACCAUUUUUCCGGUUGCAGCAUUCCAUUGCCCGACCAUACUCGCAUACUCGCAAGCGGACUGGUCUCCACGCCAUCGAUCUAUUUCACACUGCCAGCAAUGAGCAUGGCUUUUCAACUCGAGGACACACAGAACGCUGUUCCGGGUUUGUCCACCAUGGCUGAACAACAGAAACUAUCCGUGGCGCCACGAAAGGCCGACACUCAGAGUGUAACGAAGAGAUUACAAUCAGAACUUAUGGCUCUCAUGAUGUCUCCUACGCCUGGCAUCUCAGCAUUCCCUGACGCAGAUGGCAACCUCCUACACUGGACCGCCACCAUCAUCGGCCCCAAAGACACUCCUUACGCAGACCUCAACCUCAAGCUCAGCUUUGAAUUCCCAGGCAACUACCCUUAUACUGCUCCCACUGUCCUCUUCAAGACACCGAUCUAUCAUCCCAACAUUGACUUCAGUGGACGGAUAUGCCUGGAUAUCUUGAAGGACAAGUGGAGCGCAGUAUACAAUGUGCAGACAGUAUUGCUGAGCUUGCAGAGUCUGCUGGGAGAACCCAACAACGCGAGCCCGUUAAACAACGAAGCUGCUCAACUUCAUCAAAAAGACCCCGAAGAAUACCAAAGAAAGGUAUUGGCCCGUCACCAGGAUAUCGACGAUUAAUCAACCCAACAACAAUAAUCGUGAAACACAUGACACUCGCCUUUGCUGUCGGGGACAUAACAUUGGGUCGUGUGGCUGCAUUCACUCGGAGCGUUGGCGUUUGUCGAGGCUUCAAGGUCAUCAUGGGGCGGCGGUAUGGUGCUGGUGUUUGAACAUAUCGGGUGGGCAUGGUCAUCAGGACAGGCUGAGCGUUAGGGGUCAAGCGUUUUUAGUGGUAUCAAAUUACGCGGCGUACUGCCUAUGGUGCAAAUCUAUAUCCUGACAUUGUUCCCCUAC